AUGGGCUCAAGUAUAGCAGGGAUCCCAGAGCUGGUGCUGGACUUGGCGGCUUGUUUUGACCCACCUUUUGAAGUGGUUCCUACCAAGAACCCAAUCAGAUACAACAAAAGGGCAGCUGAUCCAGUUCAUCCUGACCUUGCUGGUUUGUUGAUGAAAAACAAGAAUUUUUUAGCUGAGCUAAGAAAUCUUCAAAACAAACUUCUUAUAAAAGAAACUUCAUUGCAAGAGAUGACAUGUGAGCUAGAAAGUUACAGAGAACAUAAUGUGAAACAGAUGUUCUGGAUAAGGGCCCUGAAAGAUAAUGUCAAGGACCUAGAGAAACUUACUGCUUCUCUAACCAGAAUUAAGUCUUUGAAAAACACCGAUCUUCGAUCUUGGGAGUCUUAAAGAGGCAACUGGGAUUUAACUGAACAAAUUGUAAAACUAGAGAACCACUUAAGGGUACAUCUGGUUGAAAGGGAAAAGGGAGUAUAGAGCAGAACUUUUGGAAAGAAAGUAAGUGCCAGCAGAUGCACUCCUUACAUGAAUAUGAAAGAACAGGAAGAUUCCAUGGAUAUUUUCAUGGUGAAUGAUAAGGAUGAAGCUAUGCAGGCCAAGAACUUUGAGAGAGACAUUUUUCACUUUGAAGGACCAAAGAGUGGACAGAAAAUUUGGUACAAAUGUCUACAAGAUUUGAUCCAUAAGGAAAAACCAGUGUCUGGGUCAGGACUUGCAUAUUUAUUUGAGUGGCAGACUAAAACUAAACAAUCUGAAUAUCAGAAUUUCCUUGAUCAGUUGGCUACUCUUCUGAGCAACAGUGCUGUCCCAAUACCAGCCACUGAGGAAGGUGUGACACAGUGUAUUCAGGAAAUUAGUAUAAAUGAACGGUCUUGGAAGUUUAGAAUUGAAAGCCUUAAGCAGGAAAUUCAGAAGCUCAAUAAACAACUGGAGCAGGUGCAUAAUUUUUAUGAAGAAGCUAUUCAAGAAUCAUCCCAAGCUGAAGAAAAGGGUAGGGAAGGAAAAAAAUCCUUGAAGUGUGUGGAAGGAAAAAUUGCUGUCAAUGGCUCUUUUCAAGGGAGAGAAGACUUGGACAGAAAGAAAGAGAGCUCCAGGACUAAAAAUUCCCAGAUGGAAGAACAUGACAAGAAGUUCAAACAACUAGAGAAAGAGGAGAACCAAAUGUUCUUGAGUAUUCAGCAGAAUGUGCAGAUUGCUGCAACUCAAAGAUUGGAGGAGAAAGUUCAAAAACUUCAGAAACAGCUCAGUGAUCUUAAAUUAUCAAAUAAAAAUAUGAAAACUCAACUGACAAGAGUGAAUAUCCUUAAAAACAAAACAAUGGAAAAGCUCAGACAAUGUUUAACAGAGGUUGAAAGAAUGAAAGAGAAGGCAGUUAUGAAAACAGACAACUUGAAAACACCAUUAGACUCUGGAGAGCAAGAGGCAAGAUCAGACAGAGAGACAGCCCAUCAGAUGUUAGACACUGUCACUUUGUCCCUUACUAUUUCUCAGUUAAAUUUCUUCUCCUUUGAGAACCAGCUUGCUAACUUUAGAGAAACCAUUAAGAAGAUGUUGGGAUUUAACAUGAAAACAGCAGACAAAACAGUCAUCAAUCAGCUAAGGCUUAUUAUACAAGCUUAUGAAACAUCCAACAAAAAAUCUAAGAUUGCUUUGGAUGGUGAGACUGGACAGCAGAAUGAAUAA